AUGUCAUUCUGGCUUGGAGUUUUGGCCUGCUACUUUAUUGUGAUUGCACUCUCCUCGCCAAUCCAUGAUGAAAAAAAGGCACAGCCUAGAUCUGUCGUAGAUCUAGGAUAUGCUCAAUAUCAAGGUACCUUGCUAAGUUCAGGAAUUACUCAAUACCUUGGAAUGCGAUAUGCAUCUCCUCCUCUUGGCGAUUUGAGAUUUCGCGCACCUCAACCGCCACAAAGAACAACUAGUGUUCAGAAUGCACAAACGUUUGGACCGAUCUGCCUCGCUACUAGCAAUGGUCCCACCUCCUCACAAUCAGAGGAUUGUCUUUACGUCAAUGUAUGGGCACCCAGCACUGCUACUUCGUCUUCCAAACUUCCAGUUUGGGUAUUCAUACAAGGGGGUGGGUAUAUCUCCAACUCCAAUGCCAAUUUCAAUGGCUCAACAGUAGUCAAUACAUCGAAUCAUGGUAUCGUCUUUGUCAAUUUUAAUUACAGGGUCGGGCCAUUUGGAUUUUUGACAAGCGAAAAAGUGAGAGGCGAUGGUGAUCUAAAUGCAGGACUUCUUGAUCAACGUUUCCUGCUACACUGGGUUAAAGAUAACAUUGCUCAGUUUGGCGGUGAUCCAAAUCACGUGGUCAUUCAUGGAGAUUCUGCUGGCGCUGGUUCGGUCGCCCUUCAUCUUACUGCAUAUGGAGGUAGAAACGAUAAUCUCUUCAUCGGCGCAAUCGGCGAAUCUGUUUUCUUUCCCACACAACCUCAAGUAUCAGGAUUAGAAUGGCAAUUUGACCGUUAUGCAAACUCAGCUGGUUGUGGAUCAGCAGAUGAUGCUCUUGGAUGUUUGAGAACUCAAAGUACAACGGUUCUUCAAGCUGCAAAUGUCGCUUCUCCAUAUCCAGGACAAGUGGGCUCACCUCUUUUUUAUUGGACACCAACUAUUGAUGGAGAUUUUAUACAGAACUAUCCUUGUGUUCUGUUCCAAAAAGGGUUAUUUGUGAAUACACCAAUUAUGUUUGGACAUGAAGGCUCCGUCUUCGCCUCCAAUGCCGCCACCUCAAAUGACGUUUCCAUCUUCUUCGAAAACAACUAUCCGCGUCUGACCCCAGCCGAUGCAUCCUCCAUAAACGCCCAAUACCCGCUGAUGUCUCCUCUUGCAAACCACAACCCAUAUUUCCCUUCCGCCUCUGCCGCCUAUGGCGAAACAACAUUCAUUUGCCCCGUCAUAACCAUCUCCAUCUCCCUCGCUACCUUUAACGAUCCAGCGCAGGUAUGGGUCUACCGCUACAACGUGCAGGACAAUAACAAUAUCGCCAAUGGAAUAGGUGUCCCGCACGUUUUCGAAUUACCAGCAAUCUUCGGCCCUGGAAAUGCAAAUGAUGGGGAUGGAGGAAGUUACAGGACAUACAAUGCGGAUAUUGUUCCAGUGGUAAUGAAAUACUGGAUAAGUUUUAUUAAAUUUUUAAGUCCGAAUCCCGGAAAGGAUGCCAGUGCGCCGCAUUGGGAAAGUAUGGGAAUGCCUUCAGCGGCGGGUGGGACGCUGAGGAGGUUGGUACUGCAGACAGGGGCGAGUGCAAUGGAAGUUAUUCCGGAUGAUCAGCUUGGGAGGUGUAAUUUUUGGACGGGAUUGGCGGAAAGGAUGGAGCAGUAG